AUGCCGUUGACAGAGAAACAACGAUGGAUCCUCGGGGGAACUUUGGUUUUUGGUGCAAUUGCAGUGUACGUGCAAUCAUCCAAAAACCCGCUGGUGAAACCGAAGCCUGUGAUAUGGCCUCCUCAGUCUGCCACAAAAAAUAGGAUUCUCCUUCCUGUGAGAAAUAGGUCUGAACUACAGCCACUGGUGCCCUUGCACUCUCCUUUACUGAUGAAUUUUGUCUUCCGGGGUGAUACCGCAUCGAACAAGCAAACAGGGGCUCUGCAGAGAAUUUUGACCUACGACAUCGACGACAGCAAGCUUGUCAGCAUGGUUGAUGUGGAGUGCGACGAGCCGGGAAACAAGGGCCUGCUUCUUGACUACCAGGUUACCAGAAUUCCGUCCAUCGUGUGCUUGAGAAACCAGAUCGCCCAAGGAACAUUUGUGGACGACAAGCUUAUUGAAAAUCCCGAAGGGGAGGUGGAUUACGAGAGACUUAAGAAAUGGGUCGAAUCGCAAGCAGCUGAAAAAUAA